UGUUUGAUCCUGACUUCUCUGAUCCUCCACUUCUUCCAGUGUCUCCCUCUUAUCACCUGAUAAGACAUACUGCAUGGAGUCACUCUGCACAUGUUCAGUUUGGUGUGUAUUGCUAGAGAGUGCAUGUGAUCAGCAAAGAGCCAAUCUGCACUGUCCAGACAGAGAUCAGGGGUUUUGCAUCCUCCUAGAGCAGAAUAGAAAACUACUAUAAGCUUUAACCAGUGCUUAGUUGGACACUGAUAGAAGUCCCAAGACUGCUCUCACUGCUGAUGAAAAAAGGUAUUUAGCAGUUUAUAUUUACUA